GAUUCCACUUUUAUGAAUACCAUAGGCCCUGUGUUCCCAGAAUUGACCGUUGCAGUUGCCUCUAAGCUCUACUAUCCCAGGAGCGAGGAGUAUUACAAGAAGCAGGCUGAGAUUAGGUUAGAUGCCAAGUGGGAAGAUAUUUCGUCCGCAGGUGCGAAGCGAGAGGAGGGCUGGAAAAACAUGAAGGCGGCCUUUGGGGUCAUCGAUGGGUGGUAUUCGAAGAGCGGUGGCAAAUGGAUCAUGGGAGACACGUUCUCCUAUGCGGAUAUCCUCGUAGCUUCCUGGAUGAAAUGCUUCAGCGUUGCCUUUGAUAAGGACCAAUGGGAGGAGAUGAGGUCUUGGAAUGGCGGGCGCUGGGGCGGCAUAGUUGAAGAGAUUGACAGGUAUGACAUUCUUAAAAUUCUGUGAACAACCAUGUCUACCUCGUCUUACUGACAUAGAGAUCUACACAACGUACACGGUGU